AUGACCGGAACAUACGGCAUCAAGGGCCUCCCCCGCCCCAGCUCUGCGCAGACCAAGACCAAAGUCAUUCCAUAUGUCACCGACCUACCCGUCCGUUACGAGGUCUCAGUUCUUGCCAGCUCCAAGGACCCAGAUCUCAGAAGACAGUGGACGCUCUUUGUUUUUGCUCUUGAAAACUUCAAGCAAAAGAGCGUCGACGAGAGGCUUUCCUACUUCCAGGUUGCUGGUAUCCACGGCUAUCCUGAAACCUCUUGGGACGGCGCCGAGAAGCCCAAGCAAAGUCCAGACACCCAAAUACCGCAUCCAGACCCUGGAGCGCAGCCUUUCGGAGGCUACUGCAAUCACAAUGGCCUCAACUUCCCCACCUGGCACCGCCCUUAUAUGCUACUCUUUGAGCAAUGCAUCUGGGAGAAUAUGAAGGAAGUUAUUCAGCAUUGGAAGACCAAGCAUCAGAUCAGCGACGAGCAAACAUGGCUUGACGCGGCUAACCUCUGGCGCAUGCCUUACUGGGACUGGGCACGACACCAGAGCUAUACUCAGGACUUUGCCUAUCCAAAGGUGAUGACCCAGGCGUCUGUCCGCAUCUUCCCUCCUCCCGAAGUCGCCUAUUAUUACCCAGGCGGCGUCUUUCCCAAUCCGCUCUGGGGAUUCGAGAACCCGGAGAAGGACUCAUAUGGUGAUCCUCUGCCAUUUGGCUCGAUGCCUGAGGGUAAGACGGAUUGGAAUAUCAAGGAUGAUCCUCCUGUUCAUAAGAAGGAAAUCAUCAUGAAUUCAAAGUCAGACGACUUUUGGCUGCCGUGGAGUCGAUGCACCGGAAUCAGCAGAUAUGGCAUCACGGUCAACCACGACGGGACGGACUUUCAAGGUCUUGAUGGUGUCAACAAUCCGUUCCAGGCGAAUAACAGUCUUGCGUCCUUGCGCUUACUCAAAGAACAAGACCCCGACUAUCCCAAGCAGAGGGUCUUGCCCAACCCCGGUAACCUCGCUGACUCUGUGAAUCGCAUGUUCACGAAGGCAUACAACACGACCUGGGGCGAGUUCGCAUCCACCAAGUGGAACAAUGAGAAGCACACAGAUCCGAAGACAGGAUACAUGUCCUUGGAGUAUAUCCACAACAACGUUCAUAAUAUGGUUGGAGGCAGUAAUUUUCUUGCCGGAGCCGGCCAUAUGUCGGAUGUCCCCGUGGCCGCGUUCGAUCCCAUCUUCUGGCUCCAUCACACCCAAAUUGAUCGUCUUUUGUCUAUCUGGCAAUGCCUGUACCCCGACCUGUGGUUCGACAAACAGGAGACCCCGGACCCGCACAACGUUAGAGAUGAUACGUGCGAUGACCCAUUGCAGCCUUUCCACCUUGAGGAUGGUGGACGAGCUGAUGACGAGAACAACGUCUACACUGCCAAAAAGUGCCGUGACUGGACUGAGCUGAACUACCAGUAUGAUGACCUGAUGGCUUUGUCAAAGGGGGCUUUGGACAGCGAAGGGAAACUGGACGAGCCAGUCUACCAGCAGCAUCUCCGAAACUACAUCAAUGACACAUACCCCAGCACUGCAAAUCUCGUCAAGCCACUCCAACACGAGACCGAAGGCCUUGUGGCAGAUAAGGACAAUACAUGGAAGGAUUACAUCAUUAGUGUCGUCUACGACCGCUACGCCCUGAAGGGUGCCUCAUACGCCAUCGAGUUCUAUCUCGGCGGAGCCAACGAGGUGCGCGAGACUCUCGUCAAACGAGAGAAUUUCGUCGGCCAGGUCUACACCUUUGGUGGAGGUGGUGGUAGAACUGAGGGAUCAUGCGCCAACUGCACCAAGCAGGCUGGCGAUGGCACGCUCUCGUGUGCCCAGGUGCCUCUGACCAUUAACCUCCUGCACCACGCGCUCGACGAAAGCGAGGAUCAUAACAUCAGUGAUUUCACUGAAAUUGAGAGGUACCUCCAGUUGCAUCUCUCCUGGCGAUAUGUUGGUCCCGGUGGCGUUGUUCUCUGUCCAACCAAGUUCACUGGUACCAAGGUCGAGGUCUACCAAGGUAUCGGUGAACUGCGCGAGCCGAAGAGGGCGCCAGUUCUUCCUCGCCCAGAGAGUCUGAAGGUUGGGGCAAGCAACGAGCAGCUCUACUCUCUCGAACUUGGUACCGAGGCUCCGACUAAGUUCGUGCAGCCGGCCUUGUAUGGAAAGUACCGGCUGCUUCCUAAUGCAACCGCUGGUAAGGAUGGUCUGCCGCUUGAGAAAGCCAGACUGAGAGCCUAG